GCGGCUGAAAUACGUGCAACUACGGCUCAGACUUAGCAAGCUUUAAACCCGUCACACUCAUUGGAGGGUAUCCCAUCCAACAUCAGCACCGGUGUCCCCCUGGAUUUUGCCUGAUAAUGCCGGGACGGAGAGCAGGGCCGACGGGAUGCCAGAAACGGACUGGAGCUGGAACGGAGCUUGAGAGCUUUCUCCAAAUUCCAUCCAACGAACCCCGGAAAUUCCGUCUUGAGCAGUCUAGCGCUAGUUUGUUGCGUCGAGGCUCGAGUCUUUCAUUUGCCGCCCGAGCCAUCCCAUUCGACUCGGGAUUUGAUUCGCGGAUUUUCAAUCGACUUCAUAAGGAAAUAAUAAAAAGCCGGAGCUGGACGCUAGGUUGGCCGACCACCGCCACCUCGUCUAGAAUGAUUCAUGUAGCGAAAGCGAGAACGAAGGUAGAGGACCGAGUUUGUUCCGUGGGUGCUAGAACUAAAGCAAUGCGGCAUUCCCUCCGUCCGGGUCCUGAAUAUUUACCCGAUGGUUCGAGCUCCAGGACGAGGUAA